CUUUGGUAUGUUGAUGUGGGAAGUAGCAACUGGCAAACCGCCAUUUUACAAUCGCGCACAUGACGGGACACUCUUAAUUGAUGUCCUGAAGGGUGAAAGACCACCGCAUCCCAAAGUGCCAGAGUUCUACACUGACUUGAUAAGGCAAUGUUGGGAUCCCGAUCCAAACAAUCGCCCUUGUGCAGAAGAGAUACAAAAUACUGUUAAAAAUUGGUACUACGAGAAAUCUCAAUGUUCUAAAUUUUCGGACUUUUUGGACACACAAGAACCUAACUUUACGACCCAUCCUAAUGCAGUAUAUACAAGCCGAUCUCUUG